AUGUCUAAAAAGAUCAUGGACCUGCAGCCAGAGGUCCCCUACCACACCUACACCGUCGCCGAGACCGAGGCAGAACUCAAGUCGAGCACCAUCGAGGGCCUCACUUCGGAAGAGGCAGAUAUCCUUCUUCGACGCUUUGGCACCAACGAGCUCAAGGGCAGUGGUGGCGUCAAGUGGUACCUGGUCCUUUGGCGCCAGAUCGCUAACCCCCUUGUGGUCGUCCUUCUCAUUGCUAAUAUCUUGGCCUUUGCAACGGAGCAGUUCGCAGAAGGAGGAGUCAUCCUCUUCAUCAUCGUCAUGAACGCCACCAUCGGGUUCUACCAAGACUUCUCUGCCGAGCAAACCAUGGAGGCCCUCCGCAAUAUGUCCUCCCCUACCGCCCAGGUCAUCCGUGACGAAACCCGCAUCGUCAUCCCCAACAACCAAGUCGUCCCCGGCGAUGUCCUCAUCUUUGAAGACGGUGACGUUAUUGGUGCCGAUUGCCGGCUCUUUGAAGUCUUCAACCUUGAAACUGACGAGGCGCUUCUUACGGGUGAGAGUCUCCCUGUCCAGAAGAACUUGGAUCUGAUCAAGGCCUCCGAGGAGUCGUUAGGCGAUCGUCUGAACAUGGUCUUUGCGUCGACCACGGUUGUCAAGGGCCGCGCCAAGGGAAUCGUCACCGGCACCGGGAUGGGCACGCAGAUCGGCAAGAUUGCGACCACCUUGAUGAAUGUCGACAACAACGAGUUGACUCCGCUCCAGAAACGUCUGAACAAGAUGGCCUACUGCAUUUUCGUGGCUGCGGUGGUAUUGGUUAUUGUCGUCUUUGGUGUACACAAGUUCCGGUACAGCAACGAGAUUGCCAUAUAUGCUAUUUCGGUUGCUAUCUCUAUGAUCCCUCAGGGUUUGGUUGCUAUUGUUACAUUGACCAUGGCAUUUGGUGUCAGUCGGAUGGCCAAGGCUAAGGCUAUUGUUCGUCGUCUUUCGAGUCUUGAGAGUCUCGGCGCCGUUACCAAUAUUUGUUCGGACAAGACCGGCACAUUGACCCAGUCCAAGAUGGUCGCUGUCCGUAUGUGGUUCCCCGGCGACGGCUUCUACCGCAUCUCUGGUACCGGUUUCAUCCCCGAGGGCGGGAUCUUCCGUCAAGGCGAAACCGAUGACGGUGAUGCUCAUACCCAAGCGGACGAACAUGUCGUCACUCUCGACUCUGGUAGCGACCAACUCUUGCGUACUAUCCAAGCCUCAGCCCUCUGUAACAUGGCUGAACUCCGUCGCACCAACCAUCCCGAGACCCACGGCGAGUGGACAGCCAUUGGAGACCCUACUGAGAUUGCCCUCCAGGUGCUCGCCUACAAGGCAGGUAUGCCCAAACCCGAGCUGAUCGAGAAUGGGUUCCGAUUAAUUGCCGAGUUCCCCUUUGAUUCCUCUGUCAAGCGUAUGUCGGUCCUGUAUGAGACUCCCUCGAGCGAGCACUUGAUUUUCACCAAGGGUGCUACUGAGCGGAUCCUGGGAUGUUGUAGUCACUACCGUGAAGGAGACGCUGAAAUCCCGCUCAGGAACGAGAAGGGUGGUGAGGACUCUAUCCAGGUCGACUUUGAGUCUGUCAUCAUGAAGCGAGUCGAUUCCUUGGCCGAGCAGGGCCUCCGGGUUCUGUCGCUCUCCUACCGCAAGUUCCAGCCUAACGAGGGUGUCGACCUUGUCCAUGGCUUGGACCGCGAUGAAGUCGAGUCAAACCAGGUCUUUUUGGGCCUUGUCGGUAUCUAUGACCCUCCUCGCGCCGAGUCUCUCCCGGCCGUGAUGAAGUGCUACGAGGCCGGUAUCCGCGUCCACAUGCUUACUGGCGACCACCCCUCCACUGCUGCCGCGAUCGCAAAAGAAGUCGCCAUCAUCCCGGCUGAUACCGAUGUGAAAAACUCUUCGAUGGUCAUGAGUGCCGACAAGUUUGAUGCCAUGUCUGACGAACAGAUUGAUGCACUGGAUGAACUGCCCCGUGUCGUCGCCCGCUGCUCGCCCAACACUAAGGUCAAAAUGAUCGCCGCCCUACACCGCCGUAACCUCUUCGCUGCGAUGACCGGCGAUGGCGUCAACGACUCCCCCUCCCUCAAGGCUGCCAACGUCGGUAUCGCCAUGGGCCAGUCCGGCUCUGACGUCGCCAAGCAAGCCGCCGACAUUGUUCUCACUGACGACAACUUUGCCACCAUCGUCGAAGCCAUCGCCGAAGGUCGCCGUAUGUUCUUCAACAUCCAAAAGUUUGUUCAGCAUCUCAUGUCCGGCAACAUCGCCACCAUCCUAGUCCUGGUCGUCGCCUUGGCUGUCAAAGACGAACAAGGCGACUCUGUCUUCCCCCUCAGCGCCGCCGCAAUCCUGUUCAUGAACCUCUGCUACUCCUCCCCGCCCGCCAUCGGUCUCGGCCUCGAACCCGCCAGCGCAACCAACAUGAAGGAACCUCCACGGACCUCGAAACAAGGCCUCUUCUCCUUCGAAGUCCUCAUGGACAUGUUCGUCUACGGCAUCGUCAUGGCAAUCCUCUCCUUUGUUUCCUUCAUUCUCGUCCUCUUUGUCUUUGAAGACGGCCAACUUGGCUACAAGUGCAACCGCGGUUACUACUCCGAAGUCUGCGACAGCGUCUUCCGCGCCCGCGCAACCUGCUACUCGACCCUCACAUUCCUAAUUCUCUCCCACGCCAUUAACUGUCGUGACAUCCGCCAAUCUGGCUGGCAAUGGUCCCGUCUCAAGACCGCCCACCAGAACAAGACCCUUUGGUUAUCGAUCGUUGUGGGUGCUAUGAUCCUGUUCCCUGUGAUCUAUGUCCCCGGGUUGAACAAGAAUGUGUUUAAGCAUUUGGGGAUCUCAUAUGAGUGGGGAAUUGUUUUUGCGUCGUUGUUCAUUUACACGGCGUUUGUCGAGGCCUAUAAGUUUAUCAAACGAAGGACCAUGGCCUAG